GGCUGUUGGAUUAAGAAGCUGCAGCAUCAGAAAGGGUUUAAUCUAAGAGAAGCAACAGCAGAGAGAGACCUAGUGUCAGUCCUUUUAUUUUGACUACAAGUACAUCUGGGCAACAAGGAUACAUAUAAGGAUAUAAUAACAAAAGGAAACCAGAGCUUCUUUGACUGGAGCAGAGAGAUAAAUAAACCAUUGUAGUAUCUGCUGCAGACACCAAACACAGCCAUUAUGACCCAGGGCAAGCUUUCAGUCGCGAACAAGGCUGCUGAAGCAGGAGAGAAGCAGUAUGGCACUUCAAGUGGAGAAGCAGGAGGGCCACCAGCCCCUCCCACCUAUGAGGAGGCCACUGGCACAAGUGAGAAAGCGGGCCUCAGCGGCAGCCCCUGUUACAGUGGGACUUAUCCUGGUGACGGGGAGAUGCUAACAGAAUUCAGCUGGAGUGAUAAAAACAUCCGGCGGAUCUUUAUCCGCAAGGUUUACUCCAUCUUGAUGAUCCAACUUCUUGUCACUCUUUCUAUAGUGGCUCUCUUCACAUUCUGUGAACCAGUGAAGAACUACAUUCAGUCCAACCCUGGAUGGUACUGGGCUUCUUAUGCUGUAUUCUUUGUCACAUACAUUACACUCGUCUGCUGUCCUGGACCAAGGAGACAGUUUCCAUGGAAUCUGAUCCUGCUCGCCGUCUUUACCCUCUCUCUCUCCUAUAUGACAGGGAUGCUAUCCAGUUAUUACAACACCAAGUCAGUGGUGAUGUGUCUGGGUAUUACUGCUAUGGUCUGUCUGACCGUCACUCUCGUCAGCUUCCAAACUAAGUUUGACGUGACCUCAUGCCAAGGCGUAUUGUUUACCUUCUGCAUGGUCAUGAUGGUGUCUGGACUGGUCUUGGCCAUCGCCCUGCCCUACGGAUAUGUGCCCUGGGUGCAUGGUGUCUAUGGCGCCUUGGGAGCGUUACUGUUUACCAUGUUUUUGGCGUUUGACACACAGCUACUGAUGGGGAACAAGCGCUACACAAUAAGUCCAGAGGAAUACGUCUUUGCUACUCUCAACAUCUACCUAGAUAUUAUCUACAUCUUCUCCUUCUUCCUGUCCCUGUUCGGAACAGAGAGGACAAACUGAAUCCACAUCCAGGCCAGCAUCGCAGAUCACCAUCUACACAGGAUCUGUAUUCAUAGUCUCAAACUGCAUUUACACAUGUAGACAAAUUCAGAUCAUUUUUUCACUAAUUGCUAUUUUGACCAAUCAGAUCAGCUCUAAAAAAAUGUCUGAUGUGAAAAGAUUAGAUGUGAUUGGUCAAAAUACCAAUUAGUGGAGAAAAGAUCUGAAUUGGGCUGCAGCCUCAGAGUAGUAGUGUUGAUCUAGGAUUUGCCAUUUAUAUCAUAAUAUUAUAUACAGGGGGAUCUGAUCCUAGAUCAGCACUAUCAGCUAUAAAUGCAGGCUCUGAUCUCACCAUCAUUAUGUACUGUACACAACCCAUUGAUCCUUGAUCCACCACCUCCUCCCACAGUCUCUGCCCCUCUAGCAUUAUAUGGACCUAUAGUACUGUACCAGUAUUGAGUUUUUUAGCUUGUCUGUUAAGCUGUUGAUCUUAGCACUAAUGUACAGCAGUUUUCACCCAUAGGGUCACAGAUCUAUAGAUUUACAUUGCUCACAGUAGACAGAUGUGAAAGAAAAAAUAACACGCAAAAAUACUGAGUCUAAAAUCUAUAACUGACCGUAGGUGUUUGUGUCAUGCAGAUGUGAAGUCCUUGUGUUCUCCUAUCUUUUAACAACAAGUCAUUAAUGACACUGCUCUAAAGGAGAUCCCCUCUUACCACUCCUGAACACAUGAAUAUCAGAAUCACCUUUAUUUCGCCAACUACAUUUAAAUAUACCCGGGAUUUGAUUCAGUAAAAUGGUGGUGAAAAGGCUCCUUUCUGAUUGGCUUGAAGGGCAUUCUGGAGUGUGCAUUAUUUCCCUAUAAUGCACAGUAUAUUUGCAUGGUAGAAUUCAAUGGCUAUAUUUAAUUUUACAUGUUUUGUUUGAGCUACUGUUUAAAGCAAAAGUCGAAAUGAAAACAGUAUUKCAAUUYUUUUAUUUGAUUUUCAUAAUAACUAGUACUAAUGGUUUGAGCGUUCUCUGACACUCCAGGAUGGAAUGCCGUUUGAGUCUUUACGUGUCAAAAAAGAUACACGUCAAAUAACACUAUUUGACGUGUCAAAUAAUACUAUUGCAUUGGUGUUAGCUAGGUAACAAGCUAAAGCUAGCUAGCUACCCCAGAAGUUGCUAAUAACAGCUGCAUCAAAGAUAUUUGCAAACAUUUUUUAUCCUGCUCUUUUGAUCCUGAUCUAAUUUCAAAUGCUCACUCAGAUGUUUUCCCAUUCGGUCGAACAAAUAAUGACUUAUUUCCAUUGCAGUAUUGUACAGCUUUGACAGUGAUCGUAAUGGUGGCGCUUGGC